AUGAAGUCCGUAAACGCUCUUCUUUGCCUUGCUGGCAUUGCUCAUGGCGCCAUCAUCAAACCCGUUAACUUCAAGGGUCUUGGCAACGGCAUGUACACCGUCCCCCUCGACCAAUACGACAACAUGGACAUCUCGCGCGCCACCCUCGACUCCUUCAACGUCAGCGCCGCAGCCCCAGACCACCUCUCGGUCAUCGCCUCCGCAGAAGCCCAGCACAGCGCCCUCAUGACCUCGCUCCACAGCGGCGGCGCCAAGGACACCUCCUCCGGGGCCUCCUCCCAGCACGGCGGCAACUUCACGACGCAAUGCGCGCCGCAAUUCCCAACGCGCAAGACGUUCUGCCGGGAGCGCGCGAUCGACCGGACGGACUACCUGCGGGCGUUCGCCAAGUACCUGGACUGGAUCGAGAACGGGCCGGACGCGGGGGUGGUGCCGAAACACGCGUGCAAGGCGCUGAUGUGGGGCGGCGUCGUGGUGGCGACGUGCAGCUGGGGCGGCGUGAACCCGACGUGCGUCGGCGAGCUGGUCGAGGCCAUGCGCGAGCUCGACACCUACUGCGCCUACGACGAGGGCGGCGACAUCCAGAUCAAGCACUGGAAGAAGCGGUACACCCGCCACAACAUCAUGGACGGCGUCAAGGAGUUCGCGGUUGCGGGCGAGGAGGGCCAGGGUGCUGAGGGUGAUGUUGCUGGGGAGGCGGAGGCAGACCGGGAGUAG